UUCUGACGGCACCUGAAAGCAACAGACCCUCCGCUAAGCUAACGUUAGUGGGCAGUUUGACACCUUCACCCUAAGGAGAGGACAGUGUUUUUAAGGUGUUAAUCGAGGGUGUGUUUCUGUCUGCUGCACAAAAUGCUCAACUCACAGAGGUCCCUGUCCGAGCUGCCCAAGAUGUCGGCUGCCAGUCAAGUGGAGCGAGCUGUGCUGGAGGAGGAGUUCAACUGGCUGCUUAAAGAAGAAGUGCAUGCUGUUCUAAAGCAGCUCCAGGACGUCCUCAAGGAGGCGUCUAGACGUUUCUCCAUGCCGACAGCAGGUCUGGAGAGCCAGCACAAACAGGAAAACUUCAUCCUCGGCAGCUCAACCAUGGAUCAAGUAAAGGGGGUGCUGACUCUGCAGGGAGAGGCUCUGACUCAGGCUGACAUAAACCUGAAGAUUGCAAAGAGCAGUCAAGCGCUGCACUUUCAGUUCAGAGAGGACAAGCAGUGGAAACUGCAGCAGAUCCAGGAUGCUAGGAACCAUGUGAACCAGGCUCUCCAGUUGCUGAGCAGCCACGAUGACAGCUACCAUUUCAAGACAGGUGCUGAGGUUAAUAAGCUCAUGGAUGCAGUGAUGCUCCAGCUGACGCGAGCACGGAACCGCCUCACCACCCCGGCCUCCAUGACGCUGCCCGAGCUGGCCACUAGUGGUCUGAUGAAAAUGUUCACUCCUCCCAUGCCCGGGGACGUGAUGGUGAACUUUUACAUCAAUUUAAGCAAACUGUGUCUGACUGUCUACCAGCUUCAUGUGCUGCCACCCAACACAACAAAGAAUUUCAAGCCAGCUGGAAGCUCAGUGUUGCACAACCCCGGAGCAAUGUUCGAGCUCAACAGCAACCGGUUUGAGGUCAGCCACGUGCACAAGGUGGAGAGUGUGGUGCCUUGGCUUAACGAUACGCUGGUAUUCUUCACUAUCUCCCUGCAGCUCUGUCAGCAGCUCAAGGACAAGAUAUCUGUCUUCUCCAGUUUCUGGAACUACAGACCUUUCUAAUCCACCUCCCGUCCAUCCUCCGGAGACCGGUCAGACCCAAACUAACCACCAAGUGUAAGGGACAUCCUGGGAAGGUUUUUAUUUUUUUACAUAUAUUUAUCAUCCUGUCAUUUAGUUGUAAGUGUUGCAUGAUUAGCCGAGGGAGCCAAUCCAACCCCGACAGAUACCAAUGUUUGCAAUUUCCCAGUUGUUUCUCUGAUGUAUGUGUUGCAUCUCCCAGCACUGACUUGAACUUCUCAAUGAAUGAAUGUGAUUGUUGCUGUUGAUUUUAUUAUUAGAAUGAUUUUUUGUUACCAGUACUUUCUGAGUAUUUAUCUGAUUCUCAUCCCAAAGUCUUCUGAACUGUCUUGUUGUGUGGAACACUAAUGUGUGUACUCAGGGUCGGAAGACUAGGCAGCACUAAGAGCUCACAGUGGGAGGUUCUUUCCUGAAAUACUUUGAGUUCCUUCACAGCAGUUUCAAAGUUUCUUGCCUCACAUACAGUCCUACUUUCUUUCUCCCAGCUUUCUAAAGAGCGCCUAAUUUUAGACGUCAUAUUCAUUUUCCUGUGUCUCUGAAGGAGUUUUAUCUGAGAAAGGAACUCAGGUGACAUCUAAGGUUGUCACAAUACUAGAAUUUUAAACUUUAUAAAAGACUAGUAUUAAAAAAAAAUACUUAAUACCUCUUUCAAUACCAUAGCAAAAAAAGCCCUUAGCACACAUAAUAUAAUAAUUUUUCUUUUCUUUUUUUAAAUUAAGAACUUGCACACAGUGCUGGUACAGAUAAAGUUACUAAACAAUGUACACAUUUGUAAUAAUGUUAAUAGUUAAGACUAUUAUUAUUAUUCUUAAAUAUUUUCCCUACUUUGUAGGCCUACACAUUCUUUAUGUUGUUCCUUUAAGUAUUAUUUAUUUUUUUCUCUAAUGUUGCUUCACUUGUAGACAGGUGCUCUCCAUGGCUUUUCCUUGUACAAAUAAAGGAGAAAUAAAAUCCUUCCAAUGGGAAACUCAAACCGUAACCGUCAAGUAAUGCAGAUUGUAUUAAAAAAAAGUAUCCAAGUAUUGAUACUUUUGACUACCUUGUCGUGGGGUGGUUUUAGGGCUGCACGAUUAUAGCUAAAGUGAUCAUCUUGAUUAUUUUGAUCAAUACGAUUAUUUCAUCUAGAGAGUACUAAAAAUCUGAAUAUGACCUUUGUCUUGUUUUGUAGACGCAUUUUUGUUGAACAAGAGCAGUCAGUGUCAAGCUAACUGACAAAUACUCUGCACUUCCUGUGACUAGCGUACUUCAAAAUAAAAGUCAACUUGUGUUUCUCAAGUUAAAUGUUGUUAAUGUGAAGCUGCAGCAGUAGGAAAUGUUUAGUGUUUUUAGUAUUAGCUUAAUACAGCAUUUCUUCCAGGAAUAAAAGUAUCCGGGCUGCAGCAGCAGGGUGUGUGUGCAGCGACAGGACGGCUCCCCAAAAGGAAAACCAGAACGUCUCACCUGUGGUGGCUGCUGUUAGUUUAGGGUUAGAGUUUUGAGAAUGCUGUUAUAGCAUUCCUUGAGCAGAACAUUUAAAACCUCAAUAUCAUAGACGAUCACCUUAACUUAAUUGUAAGAAGCCAAGAUUGUGAUUGCUAUUGAUAUUCAAUGUUGGUCUAUUCUGGUCUGGAUCAGUGGAUGACUUCUCUUUGUUCGGUUGUUAGAAACUCGAAGUGUGGUUGAUAGAAGUGGGAUUUACUAGGAAGGAGGGUCUGACAAAGACAUUUUUGAGUUGCAUUAUGGGAUGUGUACGAUCCAAUGUUUUUGGAACUCGACCUUUGCUGCCAAGAUUUUGUAUUUACUUAUUUAUUUAUCUGUCUGUUGUAGGUCAUCUGUAAGGAAGUACAAUACAAAAACACUUAAACUUUGAAUCAUUAACAAUCCACCUGCACUAAUAAAGCCAUCCACAGUACUGUGUCUGUUUAUGGUCUCCUAGAUGACACUAAACUCUUGUUUUAGAAACUACAAGGGCACUCAGAGACCGCAGACUCACAUCUUUUGUUGUCUGUUUAGUUACAGCACACCAUUCACACCAAGUCCACACAAAACAGAAAUUAGAUUGCUGUUUGCUUCUGCAUAUUUAUGUAUUUCAUGUAAAAACUGGCAACUAUGGAGGGACUGGUCACUGUAGCCUAUAGUGCUGAAUGUGUGUUACGUCCCCCUGCCAAGCAGCUAUAAUCAUCCUUUUAGCUGACUGGGAGCUCCCAGUGAACAGAACAGCCAGACCGGGACUGAAUGCAGCAUUUGAUGCUGGUGGAGGACAGUUUGGCGUCAGGGAAUACAGGACAGAGUUUUUUUGUUUUUGCUGGGUUUUGCUCUGGUAUCCCAGGGCUGGGUCCGCUAAUGUUAUCUGCCAUUAGCUAGUUAGCUUGUGAAGCUAACAUUAGCUGCUUUUAGCUAAAAGUCCAUCAAUCACCUUGGUACCAGUGACUUCAAACUGCCCUCCAUCUGUUUUGUAGGUUGUGUUCACUGGGAGACUGCUGAGUCCCGUUCGGUUGCACGCUAACGGUAACUACAUUAGCAGUUAGGAGGACUUCAGAGGGAAAACCAGAAAAUAUUUUCUCCGUAAAAUAUGAUCAAGGUUUUACCCAAAUCACUAAUAAAGUUGCGUCUUUGUACAAUAAUCAGUGAGGCCCAGCCCCCAAAAACAACGGCAGAAAGCCAUGGUGUUGCUAGCUAGCUAACUAAUGAGUCUUCACUCUGUGUAGCUAAAAGUUGAAGCUUGAUUGACAGGUGGAUGUCAUGAUAUUAUUGGUUGAAAUUGGGUGGUUCACACUAUGUAAUUAUUGGAUUUCAAUAUCAAGAUUUUCUUUUGGCAUGCAUUGUUAAAUAGCGGUACAGUUUGACAGGGGAUGUGAUCUUAAAGGGUUAAAAGGGCAUUUUUCAUUUCAUCUGGACUUUAACUACUUUAACAUGCACAACAAUUUCACUUCAUUUUGCCAUAGACACCGGUGUUACAAUAGACCGCAGUGUUAACAAAAGUGAAAAAUAAUCUGCCCCGAGAUUUGGAUCCUCUCCAAACUUUAAUGGUUUUCUCUUGGCCCAUGCUUCACCCUUCCAACAAGUUUCAUUUCAAUCAGAGCAGUAGUUUUUCUGUAAUCCUACUGACAGACAAACAGCACUGAAAACAAAAAAACCUUUACUCUGAUUUCUUUUCAGUUUCACUAAUUCUGUAAUUAUUCUUAUGAGACAGGUUUUAGGUCAAGUUUAAAGCACUGGGUGUUGCACAGUAUGUUGGCAAUGUGACAGUAUUGGAAAGGGAAGGCAAAGGGGAAAAUAAACAGUCAAAGCUAUGAGGGGAUACAAUAGUAUGAGGGAAAACAUUUCCCACUGUGAGUGUUUAGAGGAUACAUUCACUGACAGUACAGUAUCAUCUGUUCGUGGCCCAGUUCCAAUGUCCCACUGUCUCAGACACUUUCCUCAGAGCUGUCUUACAGUAAAUCAGGAGGUGCUUCAGAGCUCUUGAGUCCUUUUAUGUGUGUGUGUGCAGCUCCACAGACGUCGCUCAAGGCUAUAACCCACAAUAUACAUAAUACAAUACAUAAACACAAUGCCAGGGUUGCUUCAUCCAGGUAGCCUGACUGCCCCAUUCCUCACAUGCUGUGUUAUGCUAGCAGCAGCUAAUGUAGCCUGGAGCAGCUAGCCUGCUGCCCAGAUGAGGAGCGGUCCACAGAGGUCUGGUAAGAUGACUUUUUUUCUAACUCCAAGAUUUGUCUCAUUCUUCAGCCCCAAACGACGCUGAGCCAAUCACCUGAGGACAUUUCUCAGACUGCACACAGCUCCCUGGAGACACUAGAGGCUUUAUACAGCUGACAUUCAGUAAUGCUCUCCCACACCUGGAGACACUUAGAUUUUAAGCAUGAUCAGCCGUGAAGGGGAGCUGCACUUUCUGACGGUUCAGGCCUUAGGCAGGCUUCCCACGCAUCCUGGAAAAUCUGGAAAUGCAGAGACUAGUUUUCCAGUCAUGGGAACGCCUUGAAAUGGAUUAAAAAAUGUUAUUGUAUUUUAGCUCCCCAACAUGAAUCCAUUUUUUCCAGAGCUGCGAGCAGAAUACUCAUGAAAGCCCAAUGGAGACAUUUCUUGUUGUGGUUAAUAAAUACUUCCACAGCCAUGUUAAUUACUUCCAACAAACACUUUAUGCUUCUUAUUUUAACAGGCUAAUAGGUGAGAAGAUGAAUUUUCUGUUAAAUAAAAUUAAUUCUAUUUCAUUUGGUACUUAUGGGCUGUGGACACAGGUGAAAGAUUGGCUGUGGUGGGAACAGCUAAGUGUGCCAUAAGAAAGAAAAGAAAAAAAGUGGGAACCUUGUCGAGGCCAAACGUGGCCAGCUCAGGAUGUGCCGCACACGGACAUCAGUUUUCUGACUUGUAGUCCGUUUUAGGGGUCAACCACACAUGUAUCUGCUAUUGGUUCAGGCCUGUUGAAGUGAAGAAGAAAUCUACAAAGGUUUUUAUUUGUUUGUCGCUCGCUCACAUAGAAUGGAAUGGAAUGGGAGGCCAGUAUUCACCAGUGGCCAUUUUGCAUGUGUGAGACUGUGCCCUCACUCCACAAUCACAUCAUAUUGAAGGUAGAGGCAGGAAAAGACUCCCAUGUUAAAAACCUGCGUUCAUGUCAUCAAGGCGGUUGUAUGAUUAAAAAGUUGGUCGUGUGAGAAAUAACUACAUCCAUUAAAUUUGGGUUUAAUUACAAUAAAAGCCUCCUUUUCAUAUUUGGUUUUAAGUGUCCAAGUAAUUAAGUAAUUUCAACUUGGAUGUUGACCUGAACGCUGUUUACAUCCGGGCAGACAUUGGAGCUGGGCCAGCGCUUUGUUGCUUUCUGUUUAGUCAUUGCUCAUUUGGAAGAAAUGACACAACUCACAUUCCCUGUUUGCUACUCCACAGAUAUGUCUAAAUGAUAAGCUACUUGUCGUGUCUGUUGACCUGUGUCUAUAACCUUUGAUUUCAUGUCUCUGUCUGCUGUAUGUUCAUAUUUAUUCUUCAUGUUUUGCACAUGUUGUUGAUUCCCUGUGAACCAAAACACUGAUCCAAUCAGGAACAAAUGACUUCAUUCCAGUAAGUGUUAAUCUAUUUUGAAAAGUUGUUAUCAUAAAAUGUGGAAAUGAUGUAUCUGAUAUCUGUGCAAUAAAGAUAUUCUAAAACAAUAA